AUGGACCCAGACGCCAUCCCGCAGCCCACGCAAGACCCGCACCCGCAAUACAUGGCACCGAUGGUUGACCCGAACUCACUUCAAUUCAUUAACCCUCUGAGCCAACCACAUGGCUACUAUACUCCUAAUUCCGGUGGCCUGGGCGCUAUAUACCAUAGCCAAGCCGGUGACCUUCACACGCCUGGCAUGGGUAUGAACAUGAUCACCCCCCUCUCCAUUGCGCAGCAGAUGCCCAUCCCUACGGAUGGCUCGGGAAUGCCUCUCGAUCAGUAUGAUCCGCAGUAUAUACCUCCACACUUUCAAAACCCACAACCUUUUGGCCCUCCAUCAUUCUUUGCACCCGGUGCAUUUGUCCAGACCGACGCAGGUUAUGAUGCCGUAGACGAAUCCGUUGAUGAAGGGUCUCUAAAUGAUGUCGAUAUGCAGGGAAACACACAGCCACAGAUGGCAACCACGGCGAUGCGAGAUUCUGAGAACCAGGAUAUCCCAACCCCAGGCGAAAGGUUCCGGUACCAGGUCACGCUGCGUGCUCCCACCGCUAUGAUAACCCACCAGAACGAAAUUCCUGUCACAUAUCUCAACAAGGGCCAGGCCUACUCCAUGUCCGUUAUCGAUUCAAACCCACCGUCUUUAAAUUCACAGCCAGUUAAAUACAGAACUUUUAUCCGUGUUUCAUUCCAAGAAGAAGAACAACGAUUAAAACCCGCUACCUGCUGGCAGCUGUGGAAAGAAGGACGGGGGUCUAGCGAAGCGCAUCAGAGGGGUGGCAAGCUCCAGGCUGUCGAAUAUGUGGAUCCAAUUCAGGGAGGGAUAGAGGAUCAAAAGAGUCGGCAAAUUCAACUGGAACACUCAUCAUUUGACGGCUUCUGUGUCACCUGGUCCCCGAGUCCAAUAACUGGGACAUCGGAAUGUGCCAUCUCUGUUCGCUUCAACUUCCUGUCGACUGACUUUAGUCACUCAAAAGGUGUAAAAGGUAUCCCAGUCAGGCUAUGCGCCAAGACAGAACGGAUAUCAGGAGGCGCCUCCGACACUGCAGGCAAAGAAUCGGAAGUGUGUUAUUGUAAAGUCAAGCUUUUCCGAGACCAUGGUGCUGAACGCAAGCUGUCCAAUGAUGUCGCACAUGUGAGGAAAACGAUUGAGAAGCUUCGACAGCAGAUCCAACAAAAUGAGAUGGGCGCUGGCGGUUAUGGUAAGCGCAAGCGCAGUAAUGGACCCGUCGCUUUCAAGAGCUCGGAUCCACGCCCAGCGAAGAUAUCCAAGCAUAAACGGACGCUGUCCACGGGUUCACAAGAUGGUUCCGGCAAGAUGAGUGUUGGGGAUGAUCUGCUCGAAAAGCUGUCCUUAUUGCAGGACAUGUUCUCGUCGACCAGGCCUGUAAGUGUUCUGGGACUCCAGGGGGAUGAAAAUGAUGACCCAGACAUGUACCCUGUUCAACUCCCCGAUUCUCGCAACUACAUAAAAAAGGAAAGAGUUAGCCGUCAAUUUAGCAUGGAUAGGAAUACGCUGCAAACAUUAUCUCCAACAAGCAGCAGUAUGUCAAUUAGUUCCCCAUGUCACCCUCCAAACGCUCAACAAAAAGGUGCUCUCUUCGAGUCCGACUUUUAUGAUUUGCUAAACGCUCCCAAAGAGAAUUCGCGGUCAUCAUCCGAGGUCCAAGGCGACAGAACCCUCCUAAAGCACCCCGUGAAAGUGCAGAGGGUGCCAUCGGGAGACGCCAGCGCGCCUACGGGUUACAUUAAAGCGGUGGACAUUGACCCAACUUACAGACCACCAGCAGAGCGACAACCUAGGCCAAUCGCUUGCUUUUACAUCCGAUUUCCCCGAAACGCUCAACAUCAGGACGACUAUUACCGGGCGGUUUAUCUUACCGAGCGUACAGUUCGUGACUUGAUGGAGAAGAUUUCCGUGAAGCAACGAAUAGACCCGCAGCGCAUCAUGCGCGUACUGCUUGUUAAAGAAAAUGGCCUUAGGAUUAUGGUCGACGAUGAUGUGGUUCGCGAACUUCCCGAUGGGCAAGAUAUGGUUGUUGAAAUCUCAGAAACCGCGCCGUUUGAAAGUAGCACUGUUACCGCAGGCACUAAUGCUUUCACCCCUCCAGUAGAAGUGAAAUUGAGAUACUAA